AUGUUCAGCUGUCUCCUUCAAUAUUUCGCGGACGAGGAUAGGAAACGCCACGUGGCACGGUCCGGCCAGCAGCCGCAGCAGGUCACACAGGGCGAAAAUGGAAAACACCCACCUCCUGGUGUCACAACCACUGAGGAACCCACUGAUGCGGAAGCAACAGCAGGUAAGCGAAAAAAGAGGAGCAAGAAGAUUGCUGGUAACACGGUUACCACCGACGGGGAUAACACUCCCGCGGAAGGAUUGGCGGGGGAGCAAGCCUUCCGCCUCCACUCGGAUUCCACUGACAUGUGGGGGGAAUGGGGCUCCCAGGCGCGCCUACACGCACUGCGCGCCGUUUUCGAGUUCGCGCAGCUGUCCCUCCUCCGAUCCAUCCGCCCCGGACCUGCUGGCGCUGGCUCGGGCUCCAAACGAGCCAGGCCUGGCUCGGGAGUGCCAAGCUCGGCAGAGAAGCCUGACGGGGAGAAGGCGGGGAAGAGGCGGAAGAAUCAGGGAAGAGAAAAAGCGGAGGGGGAAGGGAUAGAGGGAGGGGGAGGGGAAGGCGACGGGGAAGGAAAAGGGGAAGCGGGAAAGGGGAAGGAAGAAGAUUCGCUUCCUGCCUACCUGGAUACACGUUAUUGGUUCGUUCUGUCCGCGUCGCUUUCCCUGCUGCAGCACCACCCUGGUUGGCUGGUCGUCUCGUCGAACCUCUUCCAGCCAAUCACAGCGCUGCUCUCUGCACUAGCCCAAGACAACCAAGAAAAUGCCCUUCACAGAAUUCUUACUGGAUCAGUACCAGCAGCAUCAACACCGGCAGCAGCAGCAGCAGCAGCAGCAGCAGCGGCAGCAGUGGAGGUGCCACCUAUAGAACGGAGCCUACACGCCCUGCUCACUGUUCUCUUGAUGCCGAGCCUGGCACGCAGGCUCGGCGCCUCGGAUAUGAAAGCCCUGGGAGCGCCAGGCAUGGGGUUCAAAGCGUCAAGCCCAGUGGCGUUCCAUCCGAGCCUGGAGCACUGGGUCGGUCUGGUCCGAGCCUCCCUGCAGCUCCUUCAGAGCCCGCUGAGUCUCGGAAAGAAUAGCGAGUCAGCGGGAAAAGGACCAUCAGGAUCAACAUCAGCCGCAGCAGCAGCAGGAGCAGCAGCAGCAGCAGCGGAUGUGUGGGGAAGGGUGUGCGGCGUGUGUCUGCAUGGGUUCGGUGUGUUCGCAUCGACCCACCCACAGGGCAAGAAAGUGUUUCUCGCUGUGCUCUCGCGCCUGCUGCCACUCCUGCUGCACCUCAGGACGCACCUCGUUGAAGGGCAGGGCCGACUGGGGAAGGGAGGUGGAGAGCUCGGGGAGGAAACGGUGGGUUUUGUCUUAUCUGCAAUGGAUGUGAUUGUGAAGGAGGCGUUGUUUGGACGCGUGCAUGCAGAGGGGUAUGUGACCCAGUGCGCUGGUGUGGCCGCUGCUUUGGCUGCUGGUGUGGGUGGUGGUAAGGUUGGGGGAAUGGGUGGGCAGAGAACAGGCAACAGAGGAACACCUGUGAAAUCACCUGGGGAGUCAAGACAUGGAAGCAAGGCAGGGAUAGUUGGAGGGGCGACGGAGGGUGAGGGUGAGGGUGAGGGAGAUGGAGGUAUGGAAGGGUUGGGGGAAGAGGGCAGGUUCGGCAGCUACCACCGGCAGUUCCUGGCGUUUCUCGAGGCUGGGAUCAGGUCCGGGAACGUGCCGAUCCUGCACAGCCUCGGGUGGAUGUUUGGCAUUUACUCUCAGAGUGUGGUGGAGAUUGCACGAGAGAGAGUGGGCGAGGUGGGAGGGAGGGGGAAGAGGAGAAAAGCAGCAGGGCAGGGGGGAAAAGGAGGGGUGAGUGGGGAGGGGGAAGGAGGGGAGGGAGCAGGAGAGGAGAAGGCAGGGGAAGGGGGUGUGGGGGGAGGCAGAGGAGGAGGAGGAGGAGGAGGAGGAGGAGGAGGAGGAGGAGGAGGAGGGCAGGGAGGAGGUAUGGGAGGAGUAUUGGGGGCAGAUGAUCCGGAAGUGUCUCAGCUGUUGCAGUCGCGGUUCAAUCUGUUUGCGCACCUGCUAGGACCGCUGACAGGUGAGCUGCGAGGCAAAGUGGUGGUUCUCCCACAUGGGGGCGCGCAGCAUCAACAGCAGCAGGGCAAAGCAGGCAGAUAUGUGAAGCAGUCAACAGGCAGCGGUGCUGCAGAGCCUGCCAGCCUGGCAGCCCUGCUACGUGGCACAAGGGCACUGGUGGACACAGCAAUAGAGGAGGGCAUUUAUGACGGGCUGUCAGACGUGAGUGACAGCAGCACCACCAUCAGCAGCCGUGGUGGACGAAGCAGGGGAAGGACGGGAGGAGCAGAAGCAGGAGGAGGAGGGCCGACGAGACUGGGUCUGCUGUUGCACCUGGCUGGGCUGGCCGGGGAGGUUGGCAGUGCGUGGCGCAUGUGGGAGGCCGUACGGAACCCUGAAAUAGGUGCUAGUGCUUCUGCUGCUGCCGGUGCUAGCGGUGAUGGUGAUGUGAGGCAGGAGGGGGGCGGAGCAGGAGCUCAGGUUUGGGCCGAGCUUCUCCAGCUGCUUUGGGGGCUGGUUCGGCUGGAGCCCAGGGUGGUGGUGCUCGUGGACGGCCUGCAUGACGCCACGUGGCAGCUUGUGAUUGGGGCAUGCACUGCGUGUGAGCAGGCGCGGCUAGAAAAAAAUGAUACGGGAGGUGGUAACCAGCUGAUGUCUCAGCAGUGGGCGGCAGGGUGGGCGGCAGGGUGGGCGGCAGAGUGGGCGGCAGUGUGGGCGGCGGCUGUCAAGAUUGCCAGCCAGCUGGUGGUGACGUGGAAAGAUAUGAGACAGCUAGUGGUAGUUAUUCGAGCCAUCCUCACUUCUACGCUCACUUCCAGACAAGAUAUGGACGCUGUUCCUUCUGCCCCGCCGCCCCGUGUAGCAUCAGAAUCAGCUUCUGUAUCAGCAGCAGCAGCAGCAUCGCCAGCAGCAGUGGCAGCAGCUGUGGCGCUCCUCUCUUCGCCGGACCUACUCUCCGUGGUCCGGGAGGCUGCUUCUUCGGUCCCUCCAGGCCAGGUGCCGAGCCUGCUGCUCAGCUUCGGGGAGCAGCAGGUCAGGCUGGUGGUUGGUUGGGAGGGGGAUGCAGAGGGAGGGAGAAAUGAGGAGGAGUGGAGCGGAGGGGGGCAGGGGGAGAGUCUGAAGGGGAGGAAGGGAAUGGAGGGGAAGGCUGGUCAGGUGGUUUCUCAGGUGGAAACUCAGAUGCAGGCAGCACAGGAUAGGCUCACCUGGGCGGCUGCCAGCUUCGUUGCUACAGUGCUCCGCAGCCUGCCUGUUGCGCUGGGAACCGCCAUCCAGGUGGACGGCAACGUCUGUCUUCUAGUGCAGUCCCUUGGGCGGUCUGCGGUCGGCAAGUGGGUGGCUGCUGUGGUGGCAAGCACGGGAGAGAGGGGGAAGGGUGGAGAGGGAAUGGGAGGGGAAGAGGGAAUUGGAAAGAAGGGGGGAGAUGCGAAGGUGAGAAGAGGAAUCAGCAGCAAGCUGAGCGAUGGGAAGGACCAUUCUUCUGAUCUUGCUCUUACUCUUGUUCGCCGCACGGCGGCGAGCGUUGGGGCAGGCCUUGAAAUGUUUCUGGCUGCCCAUGAGCUGCACCUGAGAUGUCUGUACAAUGCACCUCCCUCAGAAGAGUCCAAAAUGGGCCACCGCUUCAGCCUCUCCUUCCACCUCCCCCUCGACCCUGCUGUCAGUGGCCCAGGCUCGGCAGGAACUGGCUCGGAAACAUUAGGUUCGGCAGGGACAGGUCCGGGAGGGGAGAGUGCUGGAGGGGCUGCUUCGGAGCAGCCUGCUUCCAGAUGGCGGUUUGUGAUUGGCUGGCUGAACCGAGUGAUGAAUGGACAGGCAGAGGAGAAACAAGAGCAGCAGCAGCAGGAGGAGGAGGAUGAGCAAGGGGCGGAAAGCAGUCAGCUGCUUCGGCUGCGCUUCCUGACUCUCUCUGCUGCCACCACUGCCCUCUCCUCCCUCUCCCCGGUGCUGCCUCUGGGUGCAAGCUAUGCGGGUGGUAAGAGGGGUGAACUGGGGGGGGAGACGGAGGCAGCAGCUGAGGCAGGGAAGGGGAGGAAGAAGGGGAAGAGGGGAGGGGCAGAGGGAGUGCGGGGUAUGGGGGAGGGUGGAGCGGUGGAGAGUGGUGUUGGUGCGCUGGCUGCUGCUGUGGCCCAUGAGCUGUCGUUCGGGUGUGUUGGGGCGGGAGAGGGGCGGAGCCGGUGGGUGGUGAUGGGGAGAGAAACAGGCGGGGAAGGGGAAGCAGGUGCGGGAAGAAAGGGAGAACACAGGAGCAGGGAGAGGAGGCAGUGGGACGGCAGCGUGGCCAGCAUCUCUAACAAUGGGUGUCUCAACGCGGCUUUCCUCUCCCUUGCUGCGUCCUCCGCCCUCCCCCUCUGGCUCCCCGCUGCCCCUCGCCCUGCCGUGAGGGAGUUUGUGCUGCUGCUGCUCGCCCUGGCCGCUAGGGAGGUGCUUGGGAGUGGUGGUGGCACGGGAGGUGCUACAGAGGUGGCUGGGGGCGCCGGAGGGAGGGCUGUGGCGGCUCUGGCGGUGCUACGGAAUCCUGUCUUCUACGAGAUUGAGGUGAGUUGCGUCUGUUUGGCUGGUUGGGUCCCGUCCGGCUCUCUUGCUGCCUCCUCCGCUCUCCCCUCUGGUGGUGCUGGAGGGAGGGCUCUGGCUGCUGUGGCGGCGCUACGGAAUGCCGUGUUCUGCGAGAUUGAGCUGCUACAGGCCGUCCCCCCUGACUGCUGGACAGCUGCAGAUGCGCUGCGAUUGGUCGAAUGCCUUGCUGGCUUGGAACGGUGCUUCAUGGCGCCUCUGCUGCUCCCUCCUCCCUCUCGUUACAGUCACAUUCACACUUUAUCGAACCACCAACAGCAGCAGCAGCAGCAGCACUCGUUUUCCUCUUCCUCCUCUCUUCUCAUGAACUGCUCCCUUGCCUGCAGAAUAGCCCUCCUUCGUUUUCUCUCCCUCCACCAAUCCCUCUCCCAACCCACUUGUUCCGAACCAAGUUGUCCCGAGCCAGGGUCUGGUCCAGUGCCGAAGCUGCUGCCGUGGCUGGUGGUAGGCUCGGUGGGAGCAGGUGUUGUGAACCGAAGGAAGCAGCAGGAGGGACGAAAAAGGGAGGACAUGGCAAGGUAUGGGGGGGCAUUGGGGGAUGGGGACGUAUUGGGGGUUGAGGAAGCAUGGGAGGCGAUGGUGGCAGCGAGUGGAGCAGCAGUGGGCAUGGCUGUGCAUGCAGUCAUGAUGGAUGGUGGUACGGAGGGGAGCAAGGAGAGCGGCGAGGGGAAGGAUAUCGGCACUGCCAUUGCCUGUCUCUCUCGCUCCCAUCCCGAAACCGCCACUGCUCUCAUUUCCUUUGUUGAAAUCCUCGCCUCCCUCCCCCACUGCAAGACCACUCUCACCUCCGAUGCUGCAUCAGCUGUUCCAGCUGUAGCAGCAGCAGCAUCUAUAGCACUGGCUCCAGCUGCGACAUCUGCAGCGGCUGUAGCGGCGGCUGUGUGCUCGGGAGCCCUGUGGGAGAUGGCAGCUGUAGCGGAUGGAUUGAGCCACGCUGGCGAUGGGUCAGCAGGACCGGCUGUAGCGCGUGCUACACUGGAUAUGGAUACUGCUGUUGGUGAGGUGGGGAGUGGCAAGGAGGAGGGGAGUGAAGGGCCAUUGCUGUCACGAUGGGGCGGUCGCAUUCCUGCCACGUGGAGUGCUCUGAUUGGCUGCCUCGAGCCUGCUGUUGAAGGGGCGUUGAGGGGGAUGCUGGGGGAGAGUGAGAAGGGGAGAGAGGAGGGAAGAGAGGAGGGGAGAGGGAAAGGAGAGGAACAGGAGGUGGGAGGAGAAGAGGUGGACGGUGGUUUGGAUUGGUUGUCACUGCAUGAACUAGGGUUCGAUGUGGCAAGGGAUGGUGGUUUGGUUGAUGUGCAUGGUGGUGCUGUUGCUGGUGAUGGCGAUGGGAUUGGUGAUGUGGAGGGGAAAGGUGGGGAUGGGGUGGAGGAAGAUGAGGAGGUGAUAGAGAAAGAGGAGAGUGAGGAAGAGGACGAUGAUGGUGAGGAGAGUGAGAGUGAGGAAGAGGAGAGUGAGGAGGGUGAGAAGGAGAGUGAGGAGGGUGAGAAGGAGAGUGAGGAGGAGAGUGAGGAGAGUGAGGAGAGUGAGGAGGAGAGUGAGGAAAGUGAGGAGGGUGUAGAGGAGAGUGAGAAGGAGAGUGAGGAGGAGAGAGGGGAUGAAAUGGAAGUGGAUGGAGACACGAAUGCCAGCUAUCGGGGGAAGAAGCCACGCCCCCCUCCACCUUCCAAGAUAGAGAGAGGAGCAGGAGGAAGAGCAGGAGGAAGAUACACGCAGGUGGCAGGCACGCGCAUGCUGCGCUGCGUCUCCCCCCACCCUCCUGCCUCCGCGUUCCGGCGAAUCGUGCGCGUCCACCUGGCGCUCCUCUCCGCCCUCUCGUUACAGUCCCAGUCGUUGUUAUCACUCUCAGCAGGAUCAGCAGGAGCAGCAGCAGGAGCAGCAGCAGGAUCAGCAGCAGGAGCAGCAGCAGGAUCAGCAGCAGAAGUAGAAGCAGCAAGGCAAGUGGUAGCGUCGCUGCUGCAAGCCACAUAUGCAGCAUUGAAGCAGUUUGUGCAGUGGGCGUCGCACGGGUGGGUAGCAGUUGUCUUUCGCACCUGCAGGAAUGAGCUCGCGUUGCAGCUGGAGGGGGGCAGUGGAGGCGGGUGGGGAGGGCUGGGUGAAGGGGAAAGGGGAGGCGAGAGGGGAGAGGAGAGAAGAGAAGCAAGGCUGCAUGCUAUGGGUGGGGGCAGCAGGCAAAGCGCGCAUAUCAAGGGGAGUGAACAUGAGGCUCCAGCAGAAAAGGGCGUUCCAGCAGAAGGGGAGUUUGGCAGCUCAGCAGGACUGGAGAACGGUCCAAUAGGUCUCUACCCAUCCUCCGUCUCCUCUGCCUUUCACGUCCCAUCCAUACCCGCACUCACUCCCUCACUCUUUCCUUGGCUCUCUCCCUCACAUGUUCCCUCGAUUUCUCCCGCCAGUUUUUUCACCAUCUGCCAUCACAGCCUGUCAGCUCUCACGACUCUCGCUGCUCGAAGCGCAAUUUUCCCUUUCCGGGCAGGCCACGUCAGCCUGGGCCUCGCCUGCCCGAACCUCAUUCUGCCCGCCAUCUCAGCUUCUCCUGAUUCGUCUGUUGGCAUGGGCCUGGGUGAACGGGCGGGGUUGUUUGUUGGUUUCUGCCAGCUUCUUUGUGCAAUCAUUCGUCAAAGGAGCCGCUAUGUGCGAUACAGCAUGGCACUCCUCGUACAGUCUCUCCGCUGUAUGAUCAACCUCCUCUCGCCCUCCUCCCCCUUCUUCUCCUCAUCCUCCACCGUCGCCUCCUCCUCGCAUCCACUCCCCUCCUCCUCUCUCUCCUCCUCUCUCUCCUCCUCUCUCUCCUCCUCUCUCUCCUCUCCGCCUCUCCCGCGUGACUAUAACGAAGCCACUGCUGCCAGCUGUGCCCUGUGGCUGAGACGAGUUUAUGAUGAGGUGUCAGAGCAGCGCUCCACUCUCAGCAAGAUCUGUCCGCUGCUAUUAGCAGACUACAUCAUCGCCAUCACCACCACCGCCACUGUCACCACCGCUACACCCACCACUCCCGCAGCAGCACUGCUUCAGCAGCUUCAGUCGCCUUUCACCACUGCUAGCUUCGAUCCCAGCAGCCCUAGUGCUGGUGUUGGUCAGCGGAGCAGCCAACAGCAGCAGCAGCAGCAGGUUAUUGGGUUGCCCAGCACUGUGGAGGCAGCGUUGGAACCAGGAGCAUUCGCGCUCAUGGAUGUGUGCGCCCCGCACGACCUGCAGUUCCUGCACAUGGCGCUCGGAUCUGGUCACUCCCAAAGGGCUGCUCUGGCCCGUUUGAAGCAGAGUUACGACGAAUCUUACAAGUACGAGGGCAAGGUGUAG